GGCGCGGCCUCGCCUCCCCCUCGGAAGAGGAAACUCCCGGGGUCCGAGUAACAGGGUCAGGCGCGGAGCGGAGCGGCGGGAGAGCCGGGAGGGCCGCCCAGGGUAGGAGGCGAGCCAGGCAGGGCCAGAAGCUGGCCGACGGCGGCGCGCGGGGGCGCCGGGCGGGGAGGGCCGCUGGGCCGGACUCCGCGCGCAGCCGGGGGAAGCGCGGCCCGGGGCCCGAGAGCGCAGGGCGGGCCGCAGCUGGAAGGAACACUUGAGCUGGGGGAGGAGGCCGAGCUGGAGGGCGGCUUCCCUCGGGCCUGCGAUCGGGAAGCGGCCGCGGAGGAGGAGACGGGGACAGCGGGGCUGCCCGGGCGCUGUGCGCAUGCUGGGCUGGGGUCGCCGCCGGGGCUUGCCCCCUGGGCUGCUCGGCCACCGCCGCCCCGGGCGCCCGGCAUGUCGGUGCACUACACCCUCAAUCUACGCGUCUUCUGGCCCCUGGUGACCGGCCUGUGCACCGCCGUGGUGUGCCUCUACCAUGUCCUGCGGGGAAGCGGGGGCGCCCGGGCCGAGCCCGCCGACGGCGUGGACGGCGGCUUCCCGCUGCUCAAGGUGGCCGUCCUGCUCCUCCUCAGCUACGUCCUCCUGCGCUGUCGCCACGCUGUCCGGCAGCGCUUUCUGCCCGGGUCUCCCCGUCUGGAGGGUCACGCCGCCUUCUCCUCGAGACACUUCCGAGAGCCGGGCCUCAGCAUCCUGCUGGAGAGUUACUACGAGCACGAGGUGCGCCUGUCUCCGCACGUGUUGGGCCACAGCAAGGCGCACGUGAGCCGGAUCGUGGGCGAGCUGGUGCGGGCUGGCCGCGCCCGGGGGUCCCCCGGUCUCAUUCCUGGCGGGGCGCUGGCCUUCGCCUUCCGCGGGGACUUCAUCCAGGUGGGCAGCGCCUACGAGCAACAUAAAAUCCGCCGGCCCGACAGCUUCGACGUGCUGGUGCCACUGCGCCUCCCGCCGCUUGUGGCGCUGGAGCCACGGAGCCUGGGCGAGGAGCCAGCGCUGGCCCCGGCCUUCCGCGGCUGCUUCUUGUGCGCCCUCAAGGCACCACCCUCACCAUCGGGGGCCUCGGGGGGCCACUGGCUUCGGGACUGCAAACCCUUUGCUGAUGCCUUCUGCGUGGAUGUGCGCGGGCGGCGUCACCUCUCUGCUACUCUGGUGCUGCGCUGGUUCCAGUCGCAUCUGCAGCGCUCCUUGGCCACUGUGCGUUACAGCCUGGAGGGGCGCUGUCGGGUCACCUUGACCCCAGGUGGCCUGGAACAGCCCCCCACCUUACACAUCUUGCCCUGCCGCACUGACUACGGCUGCUGCCGCCUUUCCAUGGCUGUGCGUCUCAUCCCCGCUGUCCAUCUGGGAGAUGGGGUCUUCCUUGUGGCGCCACCACCGCCACCCUUGCCCAGCGCGCCCCUGUUGGAGCUCCCUGAGGGCCUGCGUGCGGAGGCACUGUGGGGUGUGAACACAGCACGCCAGGAGCAGAAGCUGCUGAGUUGGCUGCAGGAACGGGCAGCUCCAGGUGCCUGCUACCUCAAGUGCCUGCAGUUGCUUAAGGCUCUGCGCGAUCUGGGCGCCCGUGGGCUGGACUCAGCGGCUGCCACCCAGUGGGGACGCAUCCUGUCCUCAUAUGUGCUCAAGACAGUGCUGCUGGCAGUGCUGCUGCGCAAGGGGGCCCCUGGGCAAGGCUGGGACGAGGAGCACCUGGGAAAGUGUUUGGAGGAGUUGGUGCAGUUCCUUAGGGACUGCCUGCUGCGACGCCAUACGCUCUUCCACUGCGUUCUGGGCCCCGGUGGGGCGGCUGCAGAGGUGGGUCCCCUGCCCAAGGCACUGAGGGAAGCCGCCCCAGUUGACCUCCUGGCCGCUUUCGACGGGCACGCCCGGGAACUUGCAGCCGCGCGGUUGCUGUCCACGUGGCAAAGGCUGCCCCAGCUUCUCCGGGCCUACGGGGGUCCCCGCUACCUUGCCAGGUGCCCCCCACCCCGGAGUCUGCGCACCCAGGGCUUCCUUGAAGGUGAACCGUAAGCCCUAACAGCACCCCCGCCUGACCAAAUGCUCCUAAAGCCUUUCCCACUGGGUGGGGGGUGGGAAUGGCGGUGAAGCCAGUUAAAUGCAAGAUUGCAGAAGGCAUUGGAAAAUUUGGUGGCUGCCACAAGCUUUAGUGGCUUAAAUAUCACCUCCUCGCUUCACAGUCCAGUAUAAUAUGACAUCUUCACACCCACUAGAGUGUCCUGGGCAAACCGUGGGAACAGCAGCCCCAAGAAUUGGUUCAAAUAUUGGUUCAAAUAUUGUUCUGUGUGGACAGAUUGUGUAGAAGGAUGUGGCUUUUAGAGAAGUCCAGUAGAAGAAGCAAGAACUAGCUGUAGGGAAAGUUUCUUCUGUCGGUUCUUAGACACAGAUCUCUCUGCCCAAAUUAAAAAAAAACACACACACACACUAAAGUAUUUGACACAAUUACUUGCUAGGUACUGGGUUCCUGAUUGUCUUUAAAAAGAAAAAUCUGAAUCUUUAUUUGCAAGUGGAAUUGAAGUUCUGUUUUAGGGGCUAAUGUUCAGAGGAACAUAAUUUCCACUGUUCAAAUUAAUAUUAAUGUAUUUUUAAAAUGGUGCAAUCACAGGUGUUUGAUAAGAUUGUCAAAAAGUUAAGUCACACAGAUGGAAAGAUAAUCGAGAGUUGGUUAGAGAAACUUCCAGAGAAAAUAGCACUUUAUAUUGAUCAAUUCACUCAUUUUGUGGUAAUUGCUAGCACCAAGCAUUGCAUCUGAAAGGGAAGCCAGUUAUAUUUAUUAUUAAAUGUACAACCUUGAAAAGUGGCCAGCAUGCUUGCCUAACAUCGCCGCAGGCCAUAAGCUGGGAUAUGUACCUGUCCGUCAACAUCCAUUCAUUAAACUACCUACUACCAGCCAGACAUGGCUGGAACCAAAGUAGCAACCAAAUACAUAUUCAAGACAACACUGGUGAAGGCAUAAAACACGUUGGCUUUGGAGAAAGAUGUGUUUUAGGCUUUGCCCGUAAAGGUGUUUCUCCAAGGCUGGCUGCUGGCUGGAGACAGAAAACUUUUUUGUUUUAAGGUUUUUAGCAAACUCCUUCACAAAGAGAUUUCUUUCUGAGCUUAAUGAGCUAAUGAAGAGGAAAUGCCUGCUGCUUAGCAUGUGGUUUGUGCUGGGUCUCUAACCAUUGAUGGUUCUUCCUUGUCCAGGCAGACUUACCUGGUCCAAGAGACCUGUUGAUUCAGCACAGGUCUUGCAAAACAUUUCACUUAUAGUUCAGUAUCUUGGGCUCUGUGCUUGAAGAUCAGUUACUCCCUGGUCAUGGGCAGAGGAGACAAAUUAGGAAAAGAGCAAGGGAGACAGCCCUUGAUGGCAGUCUGUCUCUUUUUUCUCUUUAGGUAUCAGUAUCACCAGGUUGGGUGUCUUUUGCAGCUGGGAGGAGCCCGUCCUGGAAUUCUUCCUUGUUCUCCCAAAUUUAUAACAGUCCUCAAUUGCAGUUUAAGUUCAGCAUGGCCCAUGAUCUGCUUGCCUGAUUGGAAAUGCAGCCAGUACAAGUGUUACAAAUUGGGAUUUUUUUUUUUUUCUAAAUAAAAACAUGUACUUCCUCAGACUCUUGAAGCUAAAAUUUGGAAGACAGAAAUG